AAAAGCAGACGACGAAGAAGAAGACAACCAGUGACUAACCUAACUGUUGUUGUAGAUAGCUAACCUUAUUUACAGGAGCUGAACUCCCUUCCUUGCUGCGUCAUUUUCCCCAGUCGGCUUUGCUGACUUUUCAGACCGACAUUUAGAUCCUACAUAUCUCUGGCAAACAGCUGACCACAGAGAGAGAUACUGUUUGUGGUUCUUCCAACACAGCUAGCUUUAGCUAGCGUAUCACACAGCAAAGAGAGCUAGCUAGUUGCGUAGCAGCGAUGGAGUGGCAGGGUAACGGGUCUUCAACUUACCACGAUGAAGAGUCGAGCAGUUACCCAGCUUCAGCAGCCAAUGGCUUUAGUGGUGUUCACAAGCAGCAGUCACCGUCAUCGCACCUUUGUGAUUGUGCCGUGGCGUCACUGUGCCAGAGCCAGCAGCGCUGUUUAAAGGCCUCUAUCGUCUCCAGCUGGAGACUGGCUGAGGCCCAGGAUCAGCUAUGCUCUCUAGGCGUCCACAGCUCUGAGUCCCUGGAACAGGAGCGUGCUCGGACUCUGGCCUGCCCCACUGAACUCACGCACACUGAGGAGGAAUGGCGCCGCAAGGAGAGCAUUCUGGGAUGUCAGGAACCCAGCCGCAGCCCAAUGCUCAGAACUGUUGGGAGUUGGGACGUUUUUGAUAAGAGUAUCAUCAAUGUCCAUAACCAACCUGUAGAAAUGGAUCAGGACAAGUGCAAGACGUUUAUCCAAAAGUACGACCAAGAGCUCAGGUAUUUUGGUAUGUUGCGGAGAUGGGACGACAGUCAGCGGUUCCUCGCAGACAUUCCUCAGCUCAUCUGUCAGGAAACGGCCAACUACUUAAUUCUUUGGUGCAUGAGACUACAGCAAGAAGGGAAAGAAGCACUGAUGGAGCAGGUGGCUCACCAAGCUGUAGUGAUGCAGUUCAUCCUGGAGAUGGCAUCGAACUCUCAGCAGGAUCCUCGAGGCUGCUUUAGACAGUUCUUCCACAAAGCCAAAGAGGGACAAGAUGUCUACUUAGAAGUCUUCUACACAGAGCUUGAGGCCUUUAAAGACAGAGUGAAAGAAAAUGUAUUCAAGUCUAGAGGUGAUACACCCAACUGCGUUGAUCAACAGAAAACUAGCACAAACUGCAUACUUGAUCCCAAAGAAGCCCUAGACUCUUUACCUCCAGUGGCAGAGUAUCCUAUGAACCGUCGUUUGGAGACUGGACUGUGGACAAGCACAGUGAGGUGGACAAAGAACGACGCCACAGAAACAGACGAUAUACGCAUGAUGGAGACUUCCUAGGGAUUGACCCCUGCUUUUCCUCCAUCUCCAUCGCCUCCUCAUUUAGGAACAACCUGAGUUUUAAGCCCUCUUCACACAACAGACUAAGCUGAAUAACAACAGUACAGAGCAAGAACAAAAGAGGCGUGUCGAGUCUUUUACGCUACAGGAAAAUGUUUUUAAGGCAAACAUUUCUGAGUGUUGUCAAUUUUAUGCCACUGUGGUUGGCCUGGUGAGUCCUGCAGUGUUUCUUGUCAGCUAAGUGCCGCAACCCUGGUUUUACAGAUAAUGAUCCUUCAAGCUGGUGGUGUUCCUUUUUAUUUCUACUAAAAAAUUCAAACAUCCUUACAUGGAAGCAAAACAAACUGACAAAUUGAAAAUUAAAUCCAGACAACACAAAGAAUACUAAACCAAUCAAGUCUUUGGGAAGUUAGGUACCAAAUCUAAUGCCUAAAGUAGGACUCAGGUCAGAAGACAUCUGCGGAGUAUUGUUAUAGCGGCUUAAAAUGGAUCAUGAGAAGCAUGGCUGACAAAUCAAUGGCUUUGUAUCCUGUGUGGUGUUAGGUUCUGGUUAAUGGUGACCAUUUCAUAGAAACCGCACACUAGACUAGAUGGUCUGUUAUAUUGUGCUUCACAGUAAGUAAUGCAAAGUAUGUUAAAGUAACAUUUAAAACUACCUGAUCAUGUGCUAGUGUACAGUAACCACUGUAAAAUAGAGAAAAUGUGGUCGAUCAGCAGAUUUGAUCUAUUGAAUACUUUGCACAUGAUACAGUUAACCUGAAGGGGAAGCUGUGGUGUUAUGUAUGGAAGACUCUUGUCACUUGUCAUACCGUUUAAUAUUUGGCAAUAACAAACAUGGCCUCACAUCUUUUAUUAAUUUUUUAUUGGUUUACUAAAAGCUAUUCUGCUAGCUGUAUGCUAAUGAGUAAAGAGCACUUUGUGUGUGUGUGUGUGUGUGUAAUGGCGUAAUGUGUAAAUCUGGAAACGAAAAUAGAGAGAGAGUGCUUUAGUUGUCGUUACUUGGAUAUGUGUUUUCUCCAGAAUUUAACUCGUCGGGAUAGAAUCAAAUUGCAGUUACAGAAAAGGUUGGUUUAAAAGGUCUUGGGUCGGGUUCCCCAUACAGGCCUUGGCUUUUGCAGCUUUCAGACUCACAGCUGAUAUGUAUUUACACAGUAUGGGGUUGCACACAAUGCACAGGUCUCAAGCUCAAUAUCAGGAGAGGAUAAAUAAUGCAAUAUGUGUAGGUGGCUAGUCAGUUAGCUAGCUCAGUUCUGUCUAAAACGAGCAGACAACAGGGUUGCUUCAAGAUGGAAUCUUUUGGUGUAAAUGUUUCAACUUUUACUUGGCUUUUGUCAAACAUUAUUGUCUCAAUACAUGAUUGUGGCCAUUCCUUGGAAAGGCCAUAAAGAGAGCCUCUUUAGUUGCUCGAAUCAUAACAAGAGUUGAUGGUUGGUUAUCUUUUGAACACUUUGCUGGACGGCAGGCACAUAAAGGUCGGACCGUGUUACAACUUCAGGAGUGGGAGAGAUGAUUGUAAUUUAGGCAUUUCUUGAAAGACGGAUUUCCUAACAAAACUAUUCCGCGUGUUGUCUGGGGUGCCUUAAAGAGGCAAUUACUGUAAUUUGCAUAAGUAAUCCGACUACCUCUUUUACAUCUACCAUUUACAUGCAUGUUUGACAUUUAAUUAAAUUUCCAGUCCAUAUAAAACAUAAGAUGACAGUAAUAGUUGUUUUUUUACUUGGCUGCAUUUGCUCUUAUUGUCCUAUGUCCUUUGUGGACAGAAAUAAUUCAGCCUUUCAGAACAAAAGUCAGGCUUAACAUAGACAAAUGAUGAGCUUAAUACAACAGUGAGUGCUUUUUGGUAUGAGAGACAAUAUAACAAUUCUCCAUUAUGGAACAUGACAAAGUACUCAGAUUUUGAUGCAGAAAGGCGUUUCAGAGGGACAAAGGCAGCACAAUUAUAGGAUGUUUGAUACAAUCAUGGUGUAAAUGUGAUUUUCCAUAUCCUGAUACUAUCUGGGUGCAAGAGGCAUGGUAAUGUCAGGUGUAAAGAGGUUGUUGUUUGUUUUUGGCAGUUUUGGUUGGUUAGUAGUCAUCACCUGAAUUAUGUUUUUCGUAUAAAUUGGAAGGCAUUUGCGUAAUCAAAGCCUCAAAUUUCAACUGGCACUUAGGUGAUGAUAAUGAAAGGGUUUACUAGGCCUGCAUUGGCUUUGUAUAUUUAUUUUUCUGAUUCUUUGAUGAGCCAGAGUAGCCUGGAAUUCCAGACCCAAAUCCGAAAGAUUAACUUGCUGAGCAAAUUCAAAUUUUGCUGUCGCAAGAACUCUGGAUUUCCAGGGUAGAACCAGAGUACAACUAGCUUACAUUUUCUUUACCAGCUUGCCAUCUAGAUCAUCCAGCAUCUAAAACCAGAUCACAACUGCAAGUUUCCUUUUACGCAAGUGGGAAGUCUGAGGUGUGUUCACGGUUCUGGGAUCUACACCUGAGAAGGAGCUGUAAAGCACUGGGAUGGAGGGAGGGGGGAAAAGGUCUGAGGGAUCUACAAAGACACUAUUGCUGUAUUUGCGUGUGCAGAAAGGAACUCUGCAUCUGCAAACUGCAAUCUGCUGAGCGACACAAUCAGUUAGAUUUUUACUGCAGACUGUGGAAUUAAAGUUAACAUAUGAUGCAAGUGCAAUAUAUGUUUAUUACAUAACGCUAGCUUGGGAUGCAUCGUUGAUUCUGCAGUGCACUUGUAAUUUCACUAUCAAUAAUGUCACAGAUUUAUGUAUUCUCUGCACAGUGCUGGUGUUGGGCAGUGCACAUAUAAGAAGAAUCAUAAAUACUAUACACACAAACUGAUGUAAGCAGAGAAGCUAAAACAGUGUGCUGUAGUGGUCUUAAAUGUAUUUCCUUUUUUUGUCCACAGUGACUUAUUAACUAUGCAAAACAACUGUAUGGCUUAUGCUGUUAUUCUAAACCUGUGGCCAGUGUCCAUGGUGUCUCAACAUCCUAAACUAUUUAAAGACUAUCACCAGUUUGUGACUCUGAGACUUAGUAUAGGAAUUUCAGUCACUAAGACGUGAGCUUUUAGGAAAAGUAUACACUUCCUAGUCACAGUAGGCUACUAUAAGAUUUGGUUUCUCUUGCCGCUGUAAAAACUCAAAUAUAUAAAACUAAUGCUCAAUG